GAUUUAAUAUAAUUAAUGCAUAAUUCAACUUGGGGAACAAUCAUGGGGUAACCUUUUGGUGUUGUAGCCUAUUCUAACCUUGGAUUUGUAUUUGACAGAGAUAGAAUCCAUGAGUAUUAGACUUAUUGGCCCAAAGAAGAGACUGGUUUAGCAAGAGAUGUAUAUAUUGGAUUUAAGUAAAUCUCAAAUCCUAAUUAGAUAUCAAUGUGUGGAAUAUGCUAGAAGAUUUCUAACAUUGAAAUUUAAAGCUGCCUUUACUGAUAUUCCACAUGCUCAUAACAUGUGGGCACUUGAUAUAAUUGAGGAUUGUACAAAGGAAGAAGGAACAUUCCCAUUUGUCAAUUAUCCAAAUGGUUCUAAAGAGUUAGUUAUUUGUUUUUACUUUAGACCACCUUAGUUUGGAGAUCUCAUAAUAUAUCCAUAUUCAAAGGAACAGAGAUUUGGCCAUGUUGGAGUUAUUAUCAAUGUGAAUUUGGAAGAAAAGUAUGUUGAUAUAGGUGAACAAAAUUAUGAAGAGGCAGGAUGGGAAUGCCCAGAAUAUGCAAGAAGAUUAAUAAUGAAGAUCGAAAAUGGGCAAUAUUUCAUAACAAAUAAAAGAAUUGGGUAAUAAUAUAUAUUUUAUCUUUUAGAAAGCCUUAUGAUAAUUGGGACAUUAAUGAAGAAAUAUUUGGAUGGAAAAGAAUCGAUUUUGGCCAAAAAUAAUGAUUGUUUUAUAAUUCAUAUUUAACGAUUUGAAUUUGCAGUGC